UGUCCAGACUUAUACAGCUACAAUGAUUGAGAAACUCACUGCUGCAGUUUUAACUGCUUAUGGUAUCUAUUAUGCUGGCUAUUACCUGUCUAACCUGGCACGUCACCUGAGCCAGGUAUACAGAGGUGCCCAUCCUGGGAGCCCAGAACCAACAGCACACUCUCCUCUGGCUCCCAGUGCUCCUGGAGAUGAGACCAAAGUGGAGCAAAAUGACUGCAGGCCUUCAGCUGUGGUGACACCACAGUCUAAAUAUUCCAAGGCGAAAAUCAAGGCAGAGCUGCAUGAAACUCAGAGUGAUAUCAAGGCAGUGAAGAGGAAGAACAAGAAAGACAUGGAAAAAACUCAAGAUCACUGGAAUCUCUAUCAGAAGAGGGGCAAUCUACAAAACCAGGAGAGUGAAAGAGUGGCAACCACUCCAUUCAAAAAAAUUUCUCUCUCUCGUUCUUUACAGAACUUCACUAAGAAGCUGCGAGCAGGGCAGCAGGAAGCUCAGGCUACGUUCAAGGCAAAGAAAAAGAGGCUGGAGGAAGAAAUUAAAAUCAUUGAAGAGGAAAUUAGUCCCCUGCUUCAAGCUGUACAAAAACAAGUGGAGGUAUUGACAUCUCACCUGGCAGCCUGCAAAGGAUUACGGCACAUAGCUCGACACAAAAAACCCCGAGGUCGGCGUAAGACACAGGAGCGGUCCCAAUCGGAGAUGCUGCAGGUUGGGCAGGAACCAAAGAUGGUGCAUGAAAAGAGAGUUCAAUGGGAGGAGGUAGAACAUUAA